AGAUUAUCUCCCCUUGAAUGUUCGUCUGACAAGUAUGGCUGUGGAAAUAUGUACAUUUGCUAUCGUCGGAGGGGGAAUAGCUGGAGUUUCCUGUGCCGAGACAUUGUCUGCAUUAUGCCCUGAUGAGAAGGUGCUGCUUGUAACUGCCACUGAUCUUGUCAAGGCUGUAACCAACUUCCAGAAGUUAUCUCGAACCCUGGAGACAUUUGAUGUUGAGGAGAAACCAUCCAGCACUGUGGAGGCUGGCUGUCCUAAUGUGCAGGUUCACAAAUCUACAGCUACGUCGCUGGAUGCUGUCAGACAUGAGCUGAGCUGUGCUGAUGGGCUGACUGUCAGGUAUGACAAGCUGUGUAUAUGCUCUGGAGGAAGACCAAAGGUGAUCAGUAGUGGCAACAAGCAUGUCAUUGGCAUUCGGGAUACAGAGAGUGUGAAGGUGUUCCAACAGAGACUUACUGCAGCAAGACGGAUUGUGGUGGUUGGCAAUGGAGGCAUCGCAACAGAACUGGUCUAUGAGAUUGAGGGUUGUGAGAUGGUGUGGGCAAUCAAGGACAAGUCCAUAGCUUCCAGCAUUCAUCGAUGCAGGGGCUGCAGAGUUCUUCCCUACCACAGCUCAACCAGGAUGGACAGCUGAGCAACACUGGCCUGUGAAGACUCAGAAAUUACAUGCAAAGAAGGGAACCUGGAGUCACAAAGGUCAGA